AUGUCUGAAUACGUAGGGGAAGGUCCUUACUCAUCACCAACCUUCGGGAAAUCACUUUCUCUUCGGGUUGAUGGUGGAUUUAAUGCUGUUUCUAUCAAUCCAUCUGGUAGAGAUGUCGUAUUAGCCAGUCGAAAGGGCCUUUAUGUGGUAGACUUGGAUGAUCCUUUCUCAGAGCCUCGAUGGUUACACCAUCUCACGUCUUGGGAGGUUGCUGACGUGCAGUGGUGCCCGCAUCCGGCCAAGCAUCACUGGGUUAUAUCUACGUCGAAUCAAAAAGCAAUUGUAUGGAAUCUAUCUAGAAGCUCUUCUAAAGCAGUGGAGCAUGUAUUACAUGGCCAUUUCAGAGCCAUUACAGAUAUAAAUUUCCACCCGUUGCAACCAGAAAUCCUAGCUACUAGUUCAAUUGAUACUUACGCCCUGGCUUGGGAUAUGAGAAGCCCCAAGAAGCCUUAUUUUAGAACCAGUAACUGGAGAUCUGGUGCUGCACAAGUCAAAUGGAAUCACAAAAAUUCCAAUGUAUUAGCAACCUCGCACUCGAAUAUCGUGUAUGUUUGGGAUGUAAGAAAGGGUACAUCUCCGUUAUCUGUAUUAGAAGGUCAUAGCGGAAGCGUUAAUAGCAUCGACUUCAAUCCAUUCAACGAAACCGAAAUCAUGUCAAGUGGGAAUGACGGAACGGUAAAGUUCUGGGAUUAUAAUAAAGUUGAAGAUGAACUACAGAUGACAAUUACCACAGAGUUUCCUGUGUGGAGAGGACGAUAUCUCCCGUUUGGGGACGGAUAUUGCAUCAUGCCGAUGAUAGGAGGAAAUAAUUCUGUAUAUUUGGCGAACUCUUUUCAUGACUCAGGCAAUUCUGAGUCAAGGACUACCAAACUACAGCCAACGUACGUUUUCAAGGGGCAUACAGAUAGAGUCACGGACUUCUUAUGGAGAUCGAGGCACAGUCAAAAUACCAUCAUUGAUGACAGAGAAUUCCAAUUGGUUACUUGGUCCAAAGAUUGCGAUUUAAGACUAUGGCCAGUACCCGAUAUGGUUUACGACAAAGUUCACUACGAAUGUGGCAAAGAGCUGCCGGAGAAGCUACCAGAUUAUGAUUACGACACUUUUAGAUCAGAACCUGAAAAUAAUAUAGUAGAUCCCCGGUACACAAAUAUAGAAAUUCCGAAGGAAACCUUUGUUACAAAAUCCGGACUACGCCAAUGGAAAGCUGACAACAAUAUAGAUCAACUACAAUGGAUUUCGGGUGUGAGAAUGCAUAACGAAGAUUCACCGCAUGAUCUAUUUGAAGAGGUGAGUUUAAACAAUCUUGGAGAAGAAGUCACUUCCGUUGGGCACAAGUUCCCUAGAAUUGUUUUUGAAAAAAUUUCGGUUUCGACAGGAGAGUUAAUUAUUACUUUAAAUGGUCCAUGGGUGGAAGAAGAUCCAGAAAAAUACAUUUUCAUGCGUAUUAUUAUUAACUUCCCGCCAAACUACCCCAUGAAAGGAAAUGAACCUGCGUUCAAGAUUGAAGAGAACAGGGAAUUAAAAGAACAUCAAAAAACUCAGAUAAUGGAACGACUAAGAGAAAUCAGCAAAAAAUAUGUCGAUGCAAAUCGAUAUUGCCUUGAGCCGUGUUUACAGUACCUACUUGGAGAAGAAGUUAACUUGGAUAUUUCCGACAUGGAGGACGACAAUAAAAUUUUCAGCUUUGAUUUCGAAGAUGUAACUUCUUUAGAUAGAUCAUCUUUGGGUUCAUCUGAUGAUCAUAGCGAUGCUCCUACAGAGAUUUCUUCUGUAUCAGAUGUUGAAUUCGCUGUCGGGGAUGGUUCUUUGCAAUUGUAUUCUAGUACACCAGAACCAAAAUUUGAUAGCACACCUGUCCCCAACGGUUGUGGAGCAGUUUGGACCGCUCAAGGAACCCUUGUUUGCUUCUUUAGAGCUGAGAAUAAAACUGAAAAAAAGCAACACGCCAUAAUCAAUGUUGGUAGAACUGGUAUUGGAGGUUUUGUGAGAUCAAAAAAUGUCCAGAGUGCGUCACAAACUUUGAAGGAUAACGUAUCGGGAAAACAAAGAAAGCCAAAAACUUAUAGAGAAGCGCUAUCCAUAAACUCACAACAUGCCAGUGAAUCACUAAAUCAAUCAUCAGAUUCGGAUUCAGAUGAUAGUGAUGAUAGCUAUGCUGAGUUCUUGGAUGAUAUAUUGAAAAAUGAUCUCACACUAAGGACUAGGAUGCCAAUGAUGCCACGCAUAUUCCGUGAUGAGACGAAAUCUACUACGAGUGUAUCCGGAAAAACCACCGAUUCAAAUAAAAAAAGCAAGUCAUCUAUAGUCGUUCAAGAUUUUAAAAGUUUGAUUCCCGACAAAAAAGAGCUAGCUGAACAGUAUAUUUUAUUUCGGGAAACUCCUGAAUUUGUUGCGAAGUACAAUGCAGGCAUUGCGGAAAGUUACGGCUAUGAAGAUAUCGCGCAAUGCUGGAGAAUGAUUUCUAAUGUUUUAAUAGGAAGAGGAGAUAACGAUUUCUACAAUUAUGAUUGGGACCAGCAUUCAUUGGGUGGUAAACUUUUAGUGAAAAGACUAUUCGAGUAUUUUGAGAAGUGCCAAAAUCUUCAAAUGCUUGCAAUGAUGAGCUGCAUCUUUGCUACGCUUGGAAGGCCAGAUCAGAAAACAAAUUAUAAACUAGUUCCGCCUACUUUAUCAGAAAACAUCAUUACAUUUUAUAACAAUGAAUACGAGCCAUCGCCACAUGUUCAUUCCACUCACGGAUCGUUCUACUCUAAUGACACAGGUACACAAAAUGCGAGAAUGAGAUAUGGCACCAAUCAAGCCUCAUUGAACGAUGGCUCUUCUAUCAUAUCUGAUGAUUAUUUCCAUCAAAAUCAUCAUGCUAACGGAAACAAGAACGGGAAAUCCCAUAAUAAUAUGAACAAUGGGUAUGUAGAAACUGAAGCGACAAUUCCCGAUAUCAAGAUCAAACUAAUUCAUGACGAUGUUUUGGAUCUUGCCUACCAAGGUCUGGAACCUUCGUUGGUAGAUCCGAAAUGUGAAACCAAGUUCAGACAAUAUAGAACGCAAUAUGCAGAGAUACUUUAUAUAUGGGGGUUGCCUAUGGAUAGGGCCGAGUUGUUGAAGUUUAAUGUAAAUUUAAACACAGAACCUGAAUACUUGCAUGGGAUCGAACAAGAUUCGGGAUUGGAUAUUUACAAAGGUGUAUCGAAUAGGUGGAUUGAAUCUAACCACGGACACACUCAACAAAACUGUAGCUACUGUGGCCUCAAAGCCGGUAGAUUGGUGUUCGUAUGCGGUAAUUGUCAGCACGUGACUCACAGGACUUGCGCAGAAAAAUGGUGGAAAAUUGGCGAUGAGUGCCCCUCUGGGUGUAGUUGCGACUGUAUAAAGAACUUCGAUGUCAGCGAACCACUUAUAUAA